ACGGGGGCCUGGCCGAGAAGGAGUCGCUGACUGACGUCCUCACCUGACUGGCCCCCAGUCCACAGCGAUGGCCCUGUCCCCAGCUCUUGGCCAUGGACUCUCCUCAGAGCCCCUCAGUCAGCCCCAGGGUGCUCCUAGGGAGCUGGACGUUGCUGGAUGGACCAUCAUGCCUGCAGAGGAGACAAACAGGUCAGAGCAGGCUCAGGCCUCCUUGGGCCCUCCUGAACGUGUCACAGGUGAACUGAAGGACACUGAGCCUGGCAGCAGCGCCCCAAGACUACCCCUGGCCUCUUCCCAUGAGCAUCAAGAUGGGGGCAAGCACCGUGAGCAUGCUGUCUCUGGCCUGGAAGUACUAGAAACUGAGCAGGACAGCCUCCAUCUUUGUCUGUUGGGAUUGAGCUUCCAGCUACAGGACUUGGAACAAGGCCUGGGAUCAUGGACACUGGCCCACAGCAGGAUGGUCCAGCUGCAGGCCCUGCAGGCAGAGCUACGAGGGGCAGCCGAGCGUGUGGAUGCAUUACUGGCAUUUGGUGAGGGGUUGGCAGAGAGGAGUGAGCCCAGGGCCUGGGCAUCUCUGGAGCGGGUCCUGAGGGCCCUUGGAACCCACCGAGAUACCAUCUUCCAACGACUCUGGCAGCUACAGGCCCAGCUGAUCAGCUAUAGCCUGGUGCUUGAGAAGGCCAACCUCCUGGACCAGGACUUGGAAGUUGAGGGAGACUCAGACGGGCCAACACCUGGUGGAAUCUGGGGGCCCUGGGCUCCUAGUACCUACCCGACUCCUGCAGAGUUGGAAUGGGACCCAGCAGGGGAUGUUGGAGGUCUUGGGCCCUCAGGGAAAAAGAUAUCUCGGAUACCAGGAGUUCCCUGUGAGCUGUGUGGCUACAGGGGACCCCAGGGCAGCGGACAGGGCCUUGAGGACCUGCUCACGUUGGGGCUCGGCCACCGGAAACAUUUAGCAGCUCACCAUCGAAGGCGUCUCCGGAAGCCUCAGGACAAGAAGAGACAAGCGUCUCCCAGUCCACCGGAUGUGAUGCUGGAGGUGGAUCCCGGGGUCCCGGAUUCUGCUUCCAGGCGACCCCUGACGCUCUUCUUUCUCCUUCUCUUCUUCCUUCUGGUGGGUGCCACAUUGUUGCUGCCCUUGUCAGGGGUCCCCUGCUCUUCUCAUGCCCGACUGGCCAGGACGCCCUACCUGGUGCUCAGCUAUGUCAAUGGUCUCCCUCCAAUCUGAGUCCAUGGCCCAGACAUGUGU